CGUUGGUUUUUGUUUGUGCUUGUCUGCUGCUGCCAGCUUGCCUCGUCGUCCCUCGCUUGCUUGCUUGACUUGGAAGCUCGGUUGUUGUGUAUAUAAACACAAAACAAGCAGAGAGUACAGAUCGCAAAGCAUAAAUCAUGCUCGUUGUUUGACUGCUCUGCCCUGUCCCGUCACCACCACCACCACCGCUAACAGCCCUCUCGACCGACCGCCAGGCCAGCUUCUUGCACUGUUCUCUCUCCUGGUCGAAGCAACCCGCCGGCUACGAUUGGCUGCCUCGUCCAAUCGGUGCAUCGUUCUUUCCUUCGAAGGGGAGUGGCCUACUGCCAGUCGGCGGGCUCCGAUUGGUGCACGGCUUGUUUGCGCAAAUAUUUAUAUAAAUCUUUUACCCCUCGCAGGCCAGGGGGGUUUUCUGACCGUUCGUUGUUUGGCAUGUUUACUGCGAGUAGACUGGCUCGCCACUCGGUCUUCUGAAGUCAGUAGCUGUUUGAAUUUCUCCCGACCAGAAGUGCGCGCUUGGCCGAUGCUCGAUCACGCUUCCCCAGUUUUUGUGUGUUGGUUGUUUGCUGCUGAAUCUCGAAGAAGCUCUCGGUGUGAAGAAGCCAAAAGAGUUUUUUAAUUACUCGACUGUAGAAGCACGCGCGCGUCGGUACUCGCACAAGCCUGCUGUGAUCCGCGUUCUCGACUAUCAGCGUGACGGUGAAGAAUUUGAUUUUCAUUGAAGAUUACCAAAGUAAGCCGUGACAGUGGAGGAAAACAGAAGAUUUAGAACGAUGCUGAACUGUGCUGAUUUAGUGCAAUUUGACCAGUACAGCUUACAGCUGUACAACUAUGCUAUGGUUGAGCGUUUUCGAACAAAUCAGUUUUUCAACUAUGGGAAUAUAGUGACAGAUCCCAGAACCCUGUCGAGGUUCUUUAAACCUUCAGUGUAUGUGAACAAUCCGGCUGAUGUCGGACCCAGUGCUCUGCUGGCUGAUGCCAGCAAACUCUCGUCUGCACCAAAGCCACAAUACAGCUACAUUGGACUGAUCGCGAUUGCAAUCCUCACUUCACCGGAGAAGAAACUAGUGCUGUCCGACAUCUAUCAGCACAUAUUGGACAACUACAGCUAUUUCCGAAGCCGUGGCCCAGGAUGGCGAAACUCAAUCCGUCACAACUUAUCGUUAAAUGACUGUUUCAUCAAGGCGGGACGUUCAGCCCACGGCAAAGGCCACUACUGGGCCGUCCAUCCGGCGAACGUGGACGACUUCAUGAAGGGUGACUUCCGACGGAGAAAAGCUCAACGGAAGGUCCGUCGCCACAUGGGUCUCACAUCGGACGACGACAUCUUCGACAACAGUUCACCAAGGCAGUUCUUCCCGGCGAUCCCAGCCUCACCCAUCAUGAACCCUGCCGCUUACAUGCCAACCGCCACCGAACCCCUAAGCCAAGCUGCUGCAGCGGCGGCGGCAGUUUGCACCUACCCGACCACCAUGGAACAACAACAUGCAAUCAUCAAAGGAGCCAUGGAGAGCUUCUCCCGGAAGCGACAGUUCGACGUAGAAUCCCUGCUGAAACCGGACGACGCGAGCUCCUCAUCCAGUCUGCAGGAACCGCCGGAGAAGAAGAGUAGGCAUCUGCACACGCCAACUUCGAUGCCGGAAGGUCCUGCACUGGUGCUGCCACCGCUCGGUCAUCACGCGCACCCGUUGGCCGCAUUUGGAAGCCUAGCAGUGGCCGGACUGGGACCGAAAAUACUACCGAAGCCGACCUAGACCCAGAGGUGAUUCGCGGAUCGUUGCAACCGUUUUCUAGUUGUCUAAGUAUAUAAACGUACACACACUAUCGUAGAGCGUAGGUAUAAGAAUCCUAUAUUUCGGUCGGUUUUUUUAGUAAUAAAACCGAAUCAAUCGUUGACUGUAUUAUUCUAAUAACUGUGACUCAAAUUUUCCAAUUGUUUAAACGAGAAUGAAUAAGAAUGUGUGCUUCAUGCGCGCAACUAAGUGGAAAUGCUCGAUGUUGUUUGAUUUGAGGAAUGAUGAUCACAGCCGUCAAAUUGAACGAAUCUUCAUGGGAAUUAUUAACAUUUCACCAGAAUUUUUGAGACUUUGAUACACACAGCUAGUCACGGUCUGAAAUUUUUACCGAAAUCUCAACUGCUGAGCGUUCGAUAAUGGAUUUUUACCGAAAUUCUGUAAACAAUUACAAAAUGUCGGUAAAAUGUUUUCGUUUAUAUGUCAAACUCUAACGAGGAUCGGCAGAUUGAGCAAGGUUUACUAAAUUUUCCCGGUUAACGAAACUUAAUGGUUGAGAUUUCGGUAAAAUAUUACCAAAGUCGAUGAUUUUUUCUAAGCCUGCCUGUUAUCUUCUUUAUGCAAUUCAGUACCGUCUACCCCCGUUGGUUUGAACGACACCUCAUGUAAACCAACGGGGUUCAUUUUUAGUUUGAACUUCUAGCAACCCUGUGGGCGACGGAAAAACACACUGCUGGCAGCCUUAUUUGAUGUUUUGUUUUGAUUCUGCGUUCCGUUUCACCCCGUUCCAUUAGCAGAAUGACGUUUGAACCAUCUUUAAU